AUGGACAACGCGAAGUACCAUUCUCGACAAGUAAAUAAACCACCAACGUCACAAGACAACAAAGCCACUAUAGUGGAAUGGCUAAAUAACAAUAACGUGCCCGCCGACAUGACAAUUCUAAAAGAAAAACUGUUGAUUCUUCUUAGAGAGCAUAAACCACCGACACCCACAUAUUAUUUGGACGAGAUGGCCAAGGCGCAUGGGCACCGUGUAUUAAGAUUGCCUCCGUACCAUUGCCAAUACAAUGCAAUUGAACUAAUUUGGGCACAAGUUAAAGGAUUUGCUGCAAAAAACAACAGGUCUCCUCCAUUUACGGCGAACAAAAUGUUAACAUUAUUGCAAACUGCCUGCCAUCACGUCACCGGUGAAAAUUGGGCGAAAGUAGUUGAAAAGACCAAAAAUACAAUAGUAGAGGACUGGGAGUGGUACGUCAGAAUAGAUCGGUGGAAAGACCAACUCAUAAUAAAUGUCGACGAAAGCGACACUUCAAGCGACUCUGACAGUGAUUUCUCAGAUAGUUAA